ACGGAGUUUCACAGAAUGACGUGGUUGGUCGUGACGUCACAACGCAACCGCGUCAUUCCGCAAAACUUUACCCUCCGAGCAGGAGUACUCGGGAAGAGGAGGGGGAGCCAAGCUGGAAGGAGGAGGCGGCCGGCGCGAGGGAGGAGAGGCUGCCCGACCCGAAGAGCAGGAAGAACAUCGUCAAAUACUGAUCACAUCUACAAGGAACAACCUAAUAACAUCACUCCUAAUAUUCUUAGCAUAACCAUGGGAGACAGAGGACAAUCCUGGCAUCAGAACAUAUUUCCAGAUAGAGCAUUCCCUCCUUAUGCUAGUCAAGGCUUUGAGACUUUGACUGAAGACUAUAAGGGGAUUCAUGUUCCUGGUCAACAGAACACAGAAGUUACUGUGGUGACUCUACCAUCUACAGAUUCUCCAGAAAAAGACCAUCUAGUCUGGUCCAUUGUUAACACUAUAUACCUGAAUUUCUGCUGUCUGGGACUGUGGGCACUUGCUUUCUCUGUAAAGUCUCGGGAUCAGAAGUUUUUGGGAAACCGAAAUGAGGCAUCCAGAUAUGGCUCGCUGUCACGUUCCCUAAACAUCGCUGCCACUACAUGCAGCAUUGUUUUCUUUGUUCUGUGGAUUGUCCUCUUAGGGACGGGAGUAAUUCCACUUUAGGUCUCUGAUUCUCAUAUAUACUUCUCCACCCUAUUCCACUUCCAAUCAUAUAAAUUGUAAAUUGUACUAAAAUCUUACUCUCUUUUAUUACCAUUAAUGAUCAUGUUAAAGUAACAUUAUAAAUUGACUUUACGUGAAUUUUAGCAUAACUGAAUAAAUGUACAUUUCUUUUAUAUAAUCUAGAUUUAGUCUAUUCUGUAGAUAAUUAACUUUUAGGUUCAUAAUUAAUAGCAAUCUGUAUUGUUCCUGUUUAAAUAUGAUUUACUGAGGAGUCUAUGAUGAGUACUUCUGUAUUUGUAUUCUUUAUGGACCAUGUGUUCUAAAAACAUCACUUUUGCUACAAUGUUUUAUUGAACUCUUUGUAUGGAAUAAAAUAAAACACUCUGUAUUCUGCCA